UUGGCUCCACCUUGUUUAGUCCCGAGCCAGAAGGGCACCUGAGAGGAGUGGCUGUACUCUGCUGCAGCAGUCCGCCUCCUCUCCACUGUCCCAGCGGCUGGCACUGCCUGUGGAGUGUGGACAUGGCACCUUGUUCCCAGGGGCUGCCUGGCCCCAGCUGGGUGGGCUUCCUGCUGCUAGUGCUCUGGCCUGUGUCAGCCGUGGACAUUUAUACCCCUAAGUCCCUGGAAGUCCUGAACGGGACAGAAGUGCGCUUGAAAUGCACCUUCCGCAGCUAUUCUGCAGUCGGGUCAAAGUUGACAGUGUCCUGGCACUUCCAGCCUGAGGAACCUGGCAGAUCUGAGUUUGUUUUCUACUACAGUGAGGAGCCUUUUCCACCGACAUCAGGCCGCUUCAAAGGCAGAGUCACAUGGGAUGGCAACAUCCACAAGAACGACGGCUCCAUUAUCCUUUGGGACACCAAGCCCAGUGACAACGGGACCUUCCAGUGCCAUGUGAGGAACCCGCCUGAUGUGGACGGUCCGACUGGCGAGAUCCAGCUACGAGUGGUGACGAAAGUGACUUUCUCAGAGAUCCACAUCCUAGCGUUCAUCAUUGGCGCUGUCUGUUUUCUGAUGAUUGUCAUCGUCGUGGUGGUUGUCAUCUGCCGCUACCGGAAGAGAAGGCAUGGAGAUAUGGAGUCAGAGGUGGAGGAGACAGAACUGCCAGAGAAGGAGAAUUUGAAAGAGACAGAGAAGCACCUGCUGGAAGAGGGAGCCUAAUGUGCCCGGUCUACUGCCCACCCCCAUAGGAGCUGGAGGCUGGUUCUUCAGAGUUCUGGAUCAGAGGUGGCGGAUGCCACAAGACAGCUGUCCCUGAUUCCCUUGCCUUAGAGAAGUGCAUCAUCACUGUUAUCUUCAAAGGCCCUCUGAGGCUGCAGCUCUUGGUGGAAAGACCUUAAGGCUUGGCCUAUAGCAGAGUUUGGCAGUUCCUAGUGAUGCUAUAGUGUGUGGGGGGGGAGUCAUGGGGGGGUCCCCAGCCCUGGCCUGGUGCGUAUCUGUGAGGAAUUAUUCCAAGCAAACUACUGAAAGGGGGGGCCCCUCCAUGUACAACUGUCAGAGAAGGCAAAGACUCUAACACACAGCCUUUUUCUCAACUAGGGCUAUGCCAUUCUUGCACAAAUACAGUCCAACUUUCUAAGUUUCUGGGGAGCUCAGCCUGGCUAGACUCCUGAGGCUUAAAGGAAAAUAAUAAUAAUUAAUUAUUAUUUGUACCCAUAGAGGCCCUCUCUACCCCUACAGAGCUAAAUUUGCUGUUAAACGGAGAAUAGAAACAGAGUUGAAAAGGACCAUCAGUGCAACCCCUUGCAAUACAGGAAUCUUUUUGCCCAAGGUGGGGCUCAAACCCACAACCAUGAGAUUCUCCUGCUCUGCCAGCUGAGGUGUUGCUCGGAGUCACAGCCCACAGUGCUCCAAUCAUCCUAUAACCAGCAGUUCAGUAUCCACAGUAGCUCCAAUAUCUGUAGGGUUGGUCAACAUUUUGAGCCCAGGAAGAAAGAAGCUGAUGAUGGGUGGGGCGUCUGGGUUUCUGUUUCUUCACAGUGAGCCAUCACCAUUCCUUUCCCUGCGCACCCUGCUCCCCAUGCGCAAGCCAGGAUUCUCUUCCUCCUCCUCCUCCUCCUGGAUUUCUUCAGCCGCUGUGGUAUCUGGAGAUGCAAACGGACUUGUCCAAAUGCUGCGACAAACCCCUCUUCCCGCAGAACUUGCACCCAGGGCCAUUUGCAAUUCAACAGCUUUCAGGACUGGAGGCUUUUCAGGAAGCCUCAGCCAGCCUUUCUCUGUGCUGUAUAUUUAUUGCUCAGAAACUGCCUUUCAGCGCUCCAAACCAGGCCAGUUCAGCCUCUGCUUGCCCCACUAUUUGGGGAGGGGGCGAGGUCACAUCUGUAGAGCCCCUUCCUCCUCUGCUAGAGGACAUGCUCCUUCCCCCGCCAGCCUGCCUUGCAGGGGAGCAGGGGGUCGUCCUGGGCCCCUGAGUCAACUGCCAAGCGGGCCCGGUCCGCUUCUGGAUAUGGAAAGUGGUCGGGGGAGGGGGCACCUUGGGGGCGCGGGUUUGUCCUUUGCCGGCCCGGCCCUGAAGUUUAGUUGUCCGUAAGAGUCUGGUUACGCAAUUGUAUGUAAAUAAGUUGUAUUUCACAAUAAAAACCGUAGACCUUUGGAAGUCAAGCGAA